CGCACAAGGCAGAGAAUGAGGUCGCCAGCUGCCAAGGCAAAGCCAAAGCCAAAGGCAGCGCCGUAGCGUCUUCACGUCUGUGCAGCCCCCCCAUGGUAGCGAGCUCAUUCGCAUUGAUGAACCCUGAGCAAUGCUGUACCUGCACCUUCCGUAUGGUGCCUUCAAUGCCCUCUUCUUCAUCACUUCGCCAUUACCACCACCAUCGCCUCACCACCACAUGGCUUUCAACAUGAGUUGCUCCUGCUUCUCUCUCUUGCCCAUGUCGUCCCCCUUUGUCAGCACUGACUUGCCAUCUGUUAAUGCGCGGCCUCUCCUCCUCUCCCUCCCAUCUAUUCUUUGCUCACAUUGCUAUGUCUCUGCCUGUCCAUUCUCGACCUUAGUCUCUCAAGCUUCAGUAUGGCGUGAACCUUAUCUGGAGAAGCGAAACGAGAGGACGAGGGGCUUGUGCAUAUUGGAGUCCAGCCAUGGAUCUCUCUUUGAUGGAUAAAGAGAAAGCUGACAAAGCGGUAUCGCGCAAACGUAGGCAGCAGAGCGUGGCAGCUGGCUUUUCCCGCUUCGCAGAGUUGGAGCAAGCCGUGCAAGAGAUUCGCUCCAAUGCUCUGCAGGUGCUCAAGACUCCUUACUACCGGAACUGCAAAGCUGCACGCAACAUACGGCGAGUAGGCAUGCGAGUCAUAAGAGAAUUGUGCAAGCAGAUGCGCUCUGAGACUGUGACAAUUGGAAAGGAGAGGAAAAAGAGGCGCGAUGGCAGCAUCGCAGCAUCAAUGCGUAGGAAGCUAGGGGGACCAGCGGAGCCAGCUGUUGUGCACCCUCUUAUACCCAGUGCAUCUGUAUCAGGAAUUGACCUAGCGGUUGGAAGUUCUCCCUCUGGCGUGAAUUUUUUCUGCUUUAUGGACAACAACAAUCCACCUGCUGUAACAGAGCUCACUGAUACUCCUUAAAGCAUGCAAAUUCAUAGCGACUUUAAGUAGAAGGACGUGCCAGUUGGAGACUGGUGCUGUUUAUCCCACAAUGCUCUUCACACAGGCAGUUUUAUUUUAUUUUAUUUAUCUUCGAGUACAUGUUACCAGUAAGGAAUCUGGAAUAUUGGAACCAUCAGCGUUAGCCCCGGCUCAUGAACGUCAUCAAGGUGUAUGGUUCAAUGUUUUGAUGCCUUUGGGGGUAGAGUGCAAUUGUGAUCCACAGCAAUGUAGAGGUCCUCGAAGAAUGUGGAACUUGAAGACAUGCAUCCGCAGUGACAAACGACUUAGUGUUGCCGAUUGCUGUUUUUGUUUUUUAAAAACUUUGAUGUUAUAUUUAUGUCAGUCCGAACAGUCGUUCCGUCGAGGUUAUUCUUGUUGUACUUGCCAAGAAUUCGAGGAUUGUUUAGUGUCUGACACUUCUCUCGUCAUUCCAAGUAGGAUAUGAUUAUCUGCAAUACAUAAGUGGUGGCAUUAGCUGGGUGCUGUGUUGCUUUAAUUUCUAAAUGUCCUGGGGACAAUUUCAAGUCUCAAAUGGAAUCCCCAGUCAUGGUUGAAGUCAUAUAUGAAAGAUUUCACUAAUGUGUGCUGGCGGUGCUGCUUAGUUAACUAUGAGUGACAUAAUGUAGAGGUUUUGCUAAAAUUUAUUCCUGGUAGUGAACCGUGUCACUGAUAUUGGUUCUGUGACGAAAUCGCGUACUCCGCUUUCAUUUGAGAUUCCGCGCGACUAAUAGUUUGCAGAGCAAUUUAGCCCAAGGCAGUCAUUCCGGAUAUCCAGCCGUAGGUGGACAUGAAGUGCUUGGUCCCUUGCGACCGGGAUCAGUAUGGAAUAAGCGGUUCCAGAAGAAUUGGCCAACGACUCUUGGGACUUCGAAGUAAAUGGUUGUCGUUGACAAGCGAAGAUCUAAUUAUGGUAAUGAACAAGCAAUUCAUGUUUUCAAUCCCAAGACGAUUUGUCGAAUCGCCAGUCUGAACUCCUGGACCUUGUGAAGUUACAACUUCUCCUUUCUCUUAAAAAUAGAAACCCAGAUUAGUAAACCUAUUUUUGUAACACAACAAUGCCUGGGUUCCGUUUAGUUUCUUGUAAUUGUCUUUGGGUCAGCGACUGUGCGUUCACGUACAGAGUAGAGAUAUGACAUAAUUUUUUCCUCAACGUUUUAGUUAUCAUCACCGCCCGAGCACAUGAUUGGCAGAAAUAUAUUUUACGAUAAAGCUCUUUACUUUUACACUCUUAGUCCGAUAUUCUACUUGUCUGCAGGUCUAUUAUAACUUUCACUUCUAAGGUGCAGGAUAACUCUAUCUGUGAUCAUACAUUCCUCUUCACAGUUUUCCCAGUUGCCCGAUUAUCCACAGCUUUAACGUUGUGUCAAGUAGCGUAUUGCUGGAACUUGGCAGUCAUGAUAAGAACAAGGACAAACACAGACUAGGGUGCAUUGUUUGCAGUUGGAGGUCCUACACAUUCUUGGCUACGUCAUUCGACACAAAAUAAGUUUCAGCCAUGGCAGAGACAAGUGUGGCCGAAAAGAUUGCGCUUUUAACGGGGAAAAAGAAAGAGGAAAAACCACCUACACCCCCACCCCGAGUGCCUGAGGAGCAUCCCUACGGCGUGGUAUCACUGCAUCUUCUCGAUGCUACGUGUGAAAGAUUAAACAUUGAGAAGAAAAUAGACACAGAGAACAAUAUGCUUUUCAAGGCGGACACGAAACAGAUUAAAGAGGACAUUAAGGUUUCUGGAGCCGUGUCCGAUUUCUAUUCUAUUAAGGACUCGCUGAUGAAUUAUCACGAGCCUUAUUUUCUUCUUCGUUACAUUUCUGAUGAUCGCUACGUAUGUGAUCAUAAUUUUGAGCUCGUGGUUUUACCAGAAGUGCGAGAUGCCAUUGAGAAGGCUGUACAAGAUGAAAUUGAUGCAGUGACAGCAGGCGAAGGACCCAGGGUUUGGUUAAAUUUGGGCAGCGACGCGGAAGUUGAUGCAGAGAUUGUUAGGAAUAGCCGUGAUCCGGUUGUUAUCAAAGCAACUAAAAAGCGCAAGGAGUAUUAUCAAAAGUCGAUACUUGUUGAUAAGGAAUCCUUUGAAAAUUGGACUAGUAGUCAGAUGGAGUGCCGUCCCUUUAAGGACCCUUCUUUUGACCAGUUUAUGGUUGAGCGAGAAACUGCAACGCAGGCGAUUCCAAUUACUAAAGACAAUAGUGCCCAAACCGUUCAAAAGGUGCACCGGAAUAACCAAAUGCAGUAUCAGCCUAUUUCCAAGGAAGCUGCUGAGACAAGAGAAAUCUUGAGCAGUAAGGAAAUGGGCGACUUUCUUUCGAAGGCCAAAUAUAAGUACGUGGACGCCCUCCAACAGAAUGAAGUUUUCGAUCUGUUCGAGGAUGAGUUUGCACAGUUUAUCGACGAUGAAUAUCAACAUGGAGAUCGAGCUGUUACUUCUGUUUCAGAGUACCAAUCCUUCAUGGAUCUAAACUAUGGAAAGAAUAAGAUGGUGUCAGCUAUUGAUUGGAUGCCGGGAAAACGAGGCAUUGUUGCAGUUGCUAUUACAGCAUCACAUUCGUUUGAUGAAAGGAUUCAAGUGGCGAACAGGCCAGCCAGUUCUUAUGUCUUGCUGUGGACUUUUGCUGAUCCUAUCCAUCCUUGGGCAGUGUUAGAGAGCUCGUCCGAUGUCUUCAGUCUCCGCUUCAACCCUUCAAAGCCGACGAUUAUUGCUGGUGGUUGCUUCAAUGGCCAGGUCAUAGUUUGGGACAUCGUAAAAGCUCAGGAUUAUCAAGAUAGGAGAGAUAGAAAGGAGCCCGAAGUGCCACCUAAUUACCUGGCCAAGGAGAAGAAAGGGGAAAAGAAAGUAAUAGAACCUCCAGUUGUUGCUUUUCUCCUGCUCAGCACAAUGAGUACUUCUCAAACGUCCAUUGUAUCUGACAUACAUUGGCUUCCCAAGGACUUCGAGAUUAGUGUUACCGGAGUUGCGAAUAAUGGUGAAGCCAACCUCGUUGCCUCUGUUUCUGCGGAUGGAACGAUUAUGUUCUGGGACAUCACAAAGAUAAACGAACCACAAUUGGACCCAGCUUGGUCCGACGAGAGAAAGUGGGCAGCCUACGAGGAGCAGAAGUACAAUUGGAUGCCCCUCCAUAAAUUAGAGCUGAAUUCUGAAAGUAGGCGUCUGGGACCUCUAAAAUUAUCCCGUGGGUUCAGAGGCUUAACCUAUUUUUUCAGUACAGAGUUUGGAGAGGUGGCGGAGGUGGAUUUGAGCAUUGCUGCUGGCAGUCCUAAUGUUCCGAAAGUUACAGGGGUCCAUCAGGGACCUGUGCGAGCACUUCUUCGGUCACCCUUCUUUGACGAUGUGCUUUUAUCUGUAGGCAUUUGGACAUUUGCCUUGUGGAGGGGUGGCAUUGAGAAACCUAUCUAUGUUUCGAGGUCCUCAGAUAGCUAUCUCACAACUGGUUGUUGGAGUCCCUCCCGGCCUGCGGUUAUAUACAUAGGAUUAAUCGAUGGAACUGUUGAAAUUUGGGACUUGCUUGAGUUUACUCAUCAACCAUCCAUGGUAGUACAUGCCAGCGCAUGCCAAGUGACGGUUUUGGAGUUUUGGAAAAUGAAGACACCCCAAUUUCUUGCGGUUGGAGAUGUACAGGGUAUCGUGCAUAUCAUGGAGAUUCCUCGAAGCCUUCGCCGUGCUACUUACAAAGAGAAGCCUGCUUUGAAGAAUUUCAUGAUCAGGCAACAAGCCUGGGUGGUUGACGUCGAAGCUAGAGCAGAAGGUCGUGGUGCUGAGAUUGCAAAACGACAGGCUAUACGAGCAGUAGAGGAGCAAAGACAGGAGGAAUUUUUUAAGACUUGCACCUGGGACGAGCAAGCGGAGGAAGAGUAUCUGAAGUUUGAGGAGGAAUGUAGACAGCGAUUUAAGAGUAGAAAAUUCAAGCCAGCUCCGUUAAGUCCACCAGAUUCCCCAUAAUCCUACUCCUCAAAGGCCAUUAUAAUACAAGGCACCUUGAACAAGUCAAAGCACACAACAGAUGAGCCUCUGUCCAUAUGGCUCGCUUCUAUACUUGUACAUUCAUAAACGGUAUCGACGAUCUCGGAAACAUCUUCUUUGGGUUUACUGGCUUUGAAAAGCGUCAAGCAGCAAUUGAUUAGACCUGGUCAAAUGCAAAAACAAUAGUGUCAUGAAGUGCGGCUAGGACCAGCUCUUCUGAAACUGUUCAUGACAAGUUCAAUAGUGUCGUUCCUAACCAAGUCAAA